CUUUUGGCGGGUUUUGAGCGCUGUUUCUUCUGGGGCGGAAGGGAAAAAAGUUGCAAUCCAGUCCCGGAAAACAAGAAUUCUUCUAAAUCUUUCCUGAUCUUGCUGAAAGAAUGGACGGCGAGGAUGCUUUAGACCUCUUAUCUUCCCUCUUGGAGGAGAAUGAAGCAGAAGAAGAUCCUUCAGAGGAGGAAAGAGCAGCUGACCAUCAUCAGGAUGAGUAUGAUUUACUCUUCGAGGCAGAAGCUGACGGGUCUUACACCGAGGAGGUGGGAGAGGAAGAGGAGGGCUCCACUGCCAGCCAGGAAAACUUUGCUGAGCUGUUUGGGGAUGUGAGCGACCUAUUGGAGGAAGAGAAGAAAGAAGGAAGCGUCCAGGAGACAUCGCGUCCCGUAGUUCCUGAUCGAGUGGAAGAACCCUCCAAAGAAGAUCUUCAAGACGAGUUGAGAAAAUUGCAAGAACAGAUGAAAAAAUUGCAGGAGCAGUUGGGAAGGACGGCGAUAGGAAAUCCAGCUGAUUCUGAUCCCUGCAAGAAAACAUCCGGUAAAUCAACGGCUUGUGUCAUUAAGGAAAGGACUCCUUCCAAGGCUCAAACGUGCCCAUCUUUUUCAGCCCAGCUGACCAGUCCUGCUUUACCACUGCCAAAAAGCCAGUUCCAGAAGUCGAAAUCUAUGAUUGCAGUGAAUAAGGACCACACUUCAAAAGCUUCGUCUAGUCUGCUCUCUCAACCACUUAAAUCCGUGGUUGGAAACAGACCCACUGCCGACUCCAGUAAGAAAAUUCCAAUAAUUAAAAAUGCCGACGUCAAAAAUCAAAACGUUUCCAUGGAAAUCUACUCUGGGUUGAAAUUAAGAAAACCCCGUGUCUCUUCGGCCGAGAUGGAAAGGAAAAUGUCCGGGCGGAAGCUGAUUAGGCUGUCUCAAGUACAAGACAAACUCCGAUCGGCCAAUCUUGAAGAAAUGGAUUGGGUCACCUUUGGCGUCAUCAUAAAGAAAAAGACUCAUCAAAGCGCCAACAAUGGUAAAACGUUCAGCAUCUGGCACCUGAAUGACCUGCGUGACUUCAGCAGGUCCGUUGCCCUCUUCCUCUUCGGGGACGUUCACAAGGAACACUGGAAGACAGACCAAGGCACUGCUGUGGGCCUCCUCAACGCUAACCAGAUGAAGCCCAAGGAAGGAUCAGAGGAGGUGUGUCUCUCCGUCGAUCACCCCCAAAAGAUCCUGAUUUUGGGGGAAGCCAUGGACUUGGGGACUUGUAAAGCGAGGAAGAAAAAUGGGGAGCCUUGCACGCAGAUCGUUAAUCAGAGCGAGUGUGAAUAUUGUCAGUAUCACAUACAAUCCGAGUAUCGGAAACGGAGCUCGAAGAGGGCCGACCUGCAGUCCACUUUCUCCACCACCCGGGCACCGAAACGGACAGCCAAACGCAACCUGGGCUUGAAAGAGAAGCUGUGCCAAGACGGUUUUUACUACGGAGGGGUUUCCUCGGCGGCUUACGCUGCUUCUGUGGCCGCAGCCGCCGUUCCCAAAAAGAAAAUCCAGACAACUUUGACGAAUCUGGUUGUGAGAGGAGUCGAUGCCAUCUUGCAAGAAACCAAAGAGAAAUUGGGUCUGGGAAAGCCUCACUGCUCGGAAGAAUUCAAGGAGCUCCUGGCGAUGCCCUCGUGCGGAGCGCGGAACCUCCAGAAACACUUCGCCCGAGGAGGGGCAGGAGGAUCUACAGGGAAACCCACCCCAGGUAUCCAAUCCAUCUCUCCUUCAGCUCUGCUGAAGCUACAGAAACAGCAAAUGUUGGCGGCCAGGAAGCGAAGAUCUGAUGAAAUCCAGAGGAGAUUUCUUCAGGACCCUGUGGUUAAAAAGACCCCAGUCUCGCCCACUUCUGUGGGGCAGGCUGUGCUGCAGUCGCCAACGCCAGCGUCUGAGUUUCCUAAAGCUGCACGGCUGUCCAGCCCCCAGACCCCCAGACUUGGUUCGGGUCUCUCUAAAGGGGACGACGUUCUCUUCUUUGACGAUUGCCCCCCUCCGGCCCCCAAACUGAGCCGCUCGGCAGAAGCCAAAAAGAUGGCAGCGAUACAGAAAUUGCGCGCCAAAGGCCACAUCAUUUCCAAAGUAGAUCCCAACAGCGUCAAACGGAAACGAUCGGAUGUUGAUGUCCCAGGGAUUUCCGAAAGAGUGGAAAAAAAUAUCACGGAAGUAGAAGGGGUUUCCGCGGAGGGGGGAGCGUUAGAGCCCCUGGAAAAGAAGAGGCGCCAGCAGCUUGAAUAUCUGGAAUCGGCGGAGUUUCAAGAGAUCCGGAAUGCUCGCUCCAGGCACAACGGGGUCCUUAAGGAGUUUGAGGCCGAGAUGCAGGAAAGGUACUUCGAGCCCUUGGUGAAGAAAGAACAAAUGGAAGACAAGAUGAGGAACAUCCGAGAAAUGAAAUGUCGCGUGGCAACAUGCAAAACGUGCAACUACACCUAUUUCAAACUGCUGGAUUCGUGUGUGGCGGAAGGUCACGCUUACCACUGGCACAACGGGGUGAAGAGGUUUUUCAAGUGUACCUGUGGGAACAGAGCUAUUUCGCUGGACAAACUCCCCAAAAAACACUGCAGUAAUUGUGGCCUCUUUAAAUGGGAACGUGAUGGAAUGCUCAAGGAGAAGAAAGGUCCCAAAAUCGGAGCAGAAACUCUUCUGCCAAGAGGGGAAGAGCACGCCCAGUUUCUCAACAGCAUGAAAUAAUGGCGGAUGGAUCCUGUCUUCGGCGAUUGAAUUCCCCAUCUGGAGAAACUCCCUUCCCGUGAAACGUUUUUGUUUUACAGCCAUCUUCCUUUCCUGAAGAGUCCGAUCCAAAUAACUUUUUCUGUUUCUUUGAAACCUGGAAGGGUUUGGGGUCUAAUCUUCGCCCUUUCGUUGGAUUUGGGAAAGAAAUGUCAUCUUGGAUAGUUGAUGGCGUAGUUUAGAACGGAACGGUGAAAGUCCGUUUCUUGGGAACAGUGAAGUCUGAGAUUUUGGCAAGUUUAGGAUGAGGCUGGGGGAAAAAAAUACUGAUCUCCUGUUUUCUGAGUUUCAGUUGUAUCUGAAGAUAUACUUCUCCUGAUCGGUCUUCACCUAAAGCAGAGGUGUCCAAACUUGGGAUCUUUAAGACUUGUGGACUUCAACUCCC